AUGGCACCUGGAUCCAUCAUGACAGCCCCCAUCUGUCUAGUGGAAAAUGAGGAACAGCAGCUGAGGGUAAACCGAGAAGCACUGAGCAUUCUGGAGGAGAUCUCAGAGCCGGUGGUGGUGGUGGCCAUCGCAGGGCUGUGUCGCACAGGGAAGUCCUACCUAAUGAACCGCCUGGCAGGACAGAACCAUGGUUUCCCUCUGGGCUCCACUGUGCAGUCCAAAACCAAGGGCAUCUGGAUGUGGUGUGUGCCCCACCCCUCCAAGCCAGACCACACCCUGGUCCUUCUGGACACUGAAGGGCUGGGAGAUGUGGAAAAGGGUGACCCCAAGAAUGACUCGUGGAUCUUCACACUGGCAUUGCUACUCAGCAGCGUAUUUGUCUACAACAGCAUUGGCGCCAUCAACCACCAGGCCCUGGAACAGCUGCACUAUGUGACUGAACUAGCAGAGCUCAUAAGGACAAAACCCUCUCCCAGCUGUGAUGAAAUACAUGACUCAGCCGAGUUUGUGAGUUUCUUUCCAGACUUUGUUUGGACUCUCCGUGAUAUGGUGCUGGAGCUCAAGCUAGAUGGUCACCCCAUCACUGGAGACGAGUACCUAGAGAAUGCCUUGAAGUUGAUUAAAGGUGGUCGUCCCCAAAUCCAAAAUUCCAACCGGACUAGAAUGUGUAUUAGGAAGUUCUUUCCAAAGCGGAAGUGCUUUGUCUUUGACCGACCUACAAGUGACAGCAAACUCUUGCUCCAUAUGGAGGAAGCGUCAGAAAGUCAACUGGAUUUGAAAUUCCAAGAUCAAUCCCAAAGAUUCUGUUCCUAUAUUUUCACACAAGCAGAAGCCAAGACCCUAAGGGAGGGGAUCACUGUGACUGGAAAUGGGCUGGGAAGUCUCGUUGUGACUUAUGUGGACACCAUCAACAGUGGAAGUGUACCUUGUUUGGAGGAUACAGGGACAACUCUGGCCCAACUCAAGAACACAGAGGCUGUGCGGAAGGCAGCCGACCACUACAGCCAGCAGAUGGCCCAGAGAGUGCAGUUCCCCACAGACACGCUCCAGGAGCUGUUAGACCUGCACACUGCCUGUGAGAAGGAGGCCAUCACAGUCUUCAUGGAGAACUCCUUCAAGGAUGACCAGCAGGAAUUCCAGAAAAAAUUUGUGGAAACCAUAGAGAAAAAGAAGGAAGAGUUCUUGCUGCAGAAUGAAGAUGUGUCUUGCAACUAUUGCCAAGCUGAGCUUAGGAAGCUUUCAGAGUCUUUAAUGGAGAGUGUCUCCAGAGGAACAUUCUGUGUGCCUGGAGGACACAGUCUUUACUUAGAAGCAAAGAACAAAGUUAUGCAGGACUAUGAGCUGGUGCCCAGAAGAGGAGUUAAGGCGAAGGAGGUCCUGCAGACCUUUAUGCAGUCACAGAAAGCAACACAGGAAACCAUCCUGUGGGCUGACAAAGCCCUCACUGAUGAGAUGAAGGCCAAAGCAGCUGAGCAGGCCAAGAGGGAGGCAGCUGAGCAGGAACAGGAGCUCCUGAAACAGAAACUGGAGGAGCAGCAACAAAAAACAGAGGCUCAAAACAGAACUUUCAUGGAAAACCUAGCUCAACUGAAAGAGAAGAUAAAGAGAGGAAUAUAUGAGUUCCUGAGAAUGCUGAAAAUGAUGUUCAAGCAUAAAAGGAAGUUGCUAGAAGAACUACUUACUGAAGGAUUUAAUGAGGAAUAUGAAGAGCUAAACAAAGAGGCAAAUCAUCUAGAAGAAGAUAUUCAACAAACUAAAAGCAAUAUAUCCACAGCAAUCACUGUCGCCCUCCUUGUGGCUUGUGGUAUAUUAAUUGUAGUACUGCCCGGGCCUCUUAAGCUCAUUUGUGGACAACUGUUCAUUACAAGCAUAGUAACAAUUUUGUAAAAUUAAAAAUUCACUGUCAUAGGGGCUGCUAUCAUAAAACCUACAUUCACUUUGUUUGAAUUAAUAGAAAUAAAUGGAAGAUAAAUUAGAAUAAAAUGACUUAGUCAUAGAAAGUUUCCUACAAAGCAAAAAGACAAAAUGUAAGAUGAAGAAACCAUCAAAAACCUAUUGUAUGGCCAUGGAGAUAAUUUCUGUAAGCUAUAACAAACUCUUAUAAACAAUGAGAAAUGUUCACCACUACAUUUUAAGUUGGCCGACUAUUUUUUUAAAAAAGCAAUUAUAUUGAUUACAAAAGACAUUCAAAGUAAAAUUAGGAGUUGACUAUGCCUUUGUCAAACACCAUCUGGAAUAGUUCUGACAGGAGAUCAGAUUGACACAUUGGGAAACUGGCAGUCUCAUAUUUGUAGCAAGGGUGUAAAUGGUGCAAGUGUUUAUAUAUAUGUAUAUAUAAAAUUUAAA